GCCGCUUGGCACGGCCUGCUUCCGCCAAGAAAAGGAGCUAUUCUGCACUCGCGGCGCGGUAGGAGCGCACUGGACACGUUGGCUUCACGAGCAGCGCAGCAGCCUGCUCGCGAUUUGCCCUAGCUCGUUUGAGCAGCGAUAAUUUGGAAGUGGCAGCAGAGUUGCAGGACGCGAGCGCGCGCAACAGGAGCGUACGAUCAACGUCCAGACGAGCAACAGAGGAACAACGCAACAGACGAGCAACGCGGAAGCGCGCAACAGAGUCGCACAGCUACAAGCAACGCAGCGAUGGCGUCGAUCCUCGACGCGAAGGUCCAGUCCUACAUCGCCCUCUACAGCGGCAUCAUCUCGACGCUCUCGCCGUCGCUCACGACGCUCCAGCUCCUCAAGACGUUUGACCGGAGCAUCUCGGCCAAGGAGCUCGCCACGAUCUCUAUACGAAUUUUUCCGCACCAGUGCUUCCUCAAGUGGGCCCAGAUGAACGCCGCGACGCCCGUGAAGGAGCACGCGAACCCCUGGCUGGCCUUUGGUGUUGUUGGUGUGCUGCAGGGCGGCGUGUAUGGGCAGUGCACGACCUACGUCUCGAAAUUGCUGGGGUUGGCCAAGAAGCCGCCGAAGCUCCAGGAUUUGCUGCGAGGUUCUGCGUUCGCCGGGUCGCGGGACACGAUCUCGCAGGGCGUGCCCUUUGCCUAUAGUGCCACUGUACAGUCGAUGGUGGUGGACCCCCUCUACGCGUCGGUGGCGGGCCCCGUCUCCGGCGACGACGCGUCGCAGCCCGUGCGGCGCAUGGCCGCCGUGAUGUCUUGUUCAAUAGGUGCUACUGUAGCGUCGCAGUUCCCGCACAACUGCCAGAUCCGGAUGCAGGCCGACCCGUCCCUAGGCUACGCGGGCGUCGUGCGCGUCCUCACCUCCGAAUUUGGGAUCAGGGCGUUCUACAUGGGUGCGUCGGCGCGAGUGGCGCUCUUGCUGGUCGUGAACUCGCUGAACGAGCUCGUGCUGAAGAAGGCGUGGGCGAAGGACGACAGCUAGCCCGCGUGUCAUGUAUAUCUAAACUUAUGUAUAUCGGGA